CGUCAUGGUCUAUUCUCUUGUGUGUGCAAUCCAGGCAAAACAGAUCGCCACCAAUUCUUCGACACAACAAUUUCGACUAAUUGGACAUACGAGGACUACCAUACGUGGUUUGAUUCUCUUAAGGUUAAUAAAAACCACGUAGCUGGAGUAGUCGGAGAUGGUUUGCCAGCCCAGGUUAAAGGACUCUGCCACUGGAGGCCAGAAGGAGCCCUUUUCCCUGGCUUACAAACCGUGUACAUUCGUUGCCUUAACCACGUCUUGAACAAUGCUAUUGUCCACGCACGUAAGCAAUGUCCAUUGUUGAAUGAACUGAUGAAUAGAGUUCACCAGAUUAUCAUUAUCUUUAAGAAUCACGAUAUGAGAGCGAGAUACAAGAUCAGGGUUCCAUCAAUCCCGGAAACUCGCUGGCUCUACAUAUAUGAUACUCUGUUUUUCAUCUUUGAUAAUCUGGAAACAAUUAAUACUGCUUUAAGAAGUGGAGAUCUUCCACUAUCCCUUUCCAGAGCUACACGUGAACAGUUACAAUGGACACGUGAUGGAAUUCCUCCACUCUUUAAAGAUGCUUUAAUGAUAUUCAAGCCAUUAAAGC